UUCAUUCUCUGUAUUCUUCUUCUUUCUCCUCCCAUUUUUCUCAUUACAAAGACCACAUUUUUCUGUUUUUGAUUGAAAGUUUUCAUUUUUAUUACAUUGGACUAACCACCUGCUUUGGGUUUUCUUGAUUUCUGCAGGUCUUUUUUUUGUCUGACUGACCAUUUUGGCAUAUCAGAGUUUGGUGUUAGGAGGCAAGAGUUGAGUAAUAAAAGAUGAAGAUCCAGUGUGAUGUGUGUGAGAAAGCUCAAGCUACUGUGAUUUGCUGUGCUGAUGAGGCUGCUUUGUGUGCAAAAUGUGAUAUUGAAGUUCAUGCUGCUAAUAAAUUAGCAAGUAAGCAUCAAAGGCUUCAUCUUCAGUGCCUAUCUAACAAGCUUCCUCCUUGUGAUAUUUGCCAAGAUAAAGCAGCCUUCAUCUUCUGUGUUGAGGAUAGAGCUCUCUUUUGCAAGGACUGUGACGAAGCAAUUCAUUCAGCCAGCAGCCUCGCUAAGAACCACCAACGCUUCUUAGCCACUGGAAUCCGUGUAGCCUUGAGCUCAAGCUGCAAUAAGGAAGCAGUAAAAAACCAACUGGAGCCACAACCACCUCAGCAGAAUUCCCAACAAGUUGGCUUGAAAAUGCCUCCACAGCAAUUGUCCGGUAUCACAUCACCAUCUUGGCCUGUCGAUGAUUUACUAGGAUUUCCAGAUUAUGAGUCGAGUGACAAGAAGGAUCUACUUGAGCUUGGUGAAUUUGAGUGGUUAGGAGGCAUUGAUCUCUUUGGUGAACAAACAGCAGCUGAAGUACCUGAGCUAUCAGUACCUCAGUCGAGCAACACAAAUAUUUACAGGACAACCAAAUAUCAAAUGCCUUACAAGAAGCCCAGAUUUGAAAUCCCAGAUGAAGAUGAGUAUUUUACUGUCCCAGAUCUUGGUUGAACACCAACUUCAAGAAGUUCCUAAUUAAAAGUACGUGUGCUUGUGUGUAGUACUUAAUCAGUGCUCUCAUACUGUCAAAAGAUAUGUUCAGUAAGUAGAAAAAGUAUUGUUCUGCUUAACUCUUAAAGAUACUCCUUAUCUUGCUUACUUUUGCAGUGCGCUCAUAUUGUCAACAGAUAUGUUAAGUAAGUAGAGGAAACAUUAUUCUGCAUAAGAUAUCCUUUAUCUUGCUUA